ACAUAAGCACAUGGAGAAGCUUAUUUCAAACUGGUCAAGCAUGGAAUCUGUGCCUGGUGGCUAUACAUUCCCACCAGAAUUAAGACCAGGUGAUACCAAAAUCCCAAUCAGCCACACCAUCCCAGUGAUUGAUCUCAGUGAAGAAUAUACUGGUGAUAGAACAAAUACAAUUCAGAAAAUUAUCAAAGCUUCUGAGGAGUUUGGAUUCUUUCAGGUUAUCAAUCAUGGAAUUCCAGAGAAUGAAAUGAAGCAAACGAUGAGCGUUUUUGAGGAGGUGUUCCAGUUGCCUGAUGAGUACGAGCAAAUCGUGUAUAAUGAUGACCCUUCUAAGACAUGUAAGAAGUUUAGUAGCAGUCUCAGGUCUGAAACCGAAGAGGUUCAUUUAUGGAGGGAGAGUUUUAGACACCCAGCAUAUCCUUUGGAGGAGUGGCAACACUUGUGGCCUGAAAAUCCAACUUCUUAUAGAAAGUGUGUUGGAGAUUUCUCGGUUAAAAUUAAGGAGUUGGGUUCCAGGAUCAUGAAUUUGAUUAGUGAAGGACUUGGUCUAGAGUGUGGAUAUUUUGACGAAGAUCUUAGCGGAUCAAUGAUUAUUUCAGUUAAUCAUUAUCCAUCUUGUCCUAACCCAAGUUUAACUCUUGGUUUAACCAAGCACUCAGAUGCUUAUCUCCUCACUAUUUUACAACAAGGUGAUGUAUCUGGGCUUCAAGUAUUAAAGGAUGGAGAAUGGAUUGGUGUUGAAGCUUUUCCUGACGCAUUUGUCAUCAACAUAGGCUAUGCUUUGAAGAUAAUAAGCAAUGGUAAGCUACAAAGUGCUGAGCACAGGGCUGUUACAAAUUCAACUCAUGCUCGCACAGCUGCUGCCUUUUUUAUAGCUCCAAAAGGUGAAUGUUUUGUAGAGCCUGCAGAAGAUAUCAUUGAUGAACACAAUCCACCAAUUUUUAAGUCGUACAAAUACCAAGAGUUCCUCUGGCGAUUCUUUGACAAACAUGGUGACAUGGAAAAGGUGAUGAAAACCUUUGAGGAAUAAAACUAAAUAUUGUGGAAGAUAAUGUAAUGUUGUAUUAGUUAAAUAUUUUAAUUUAUAAUUAAGGAUUUACUACGGCAAGUCAACAAUGCCCUUCAAUAAAUAAAGGGUUAAUAGUAAUUCAUCCUCCGGUAAUGUUAGCGAAUUUUGCUUUUCUCCCUCCCUACCUUUUGGCAACGGUGGGGUAAACCAAAACACGCUCAUAUUAAGGGAGUAAACUACUAUUAACCCAUAAAUAAAUUAAAGGAUUGGUGGAUAUGGAAGAUUUUCUAGGCUUACAAAUGGUAUCCUGAUAAUUUGUGGGGAACUCCUGGGCUUUCUCUGCUUGGCUCGAGGACUCUAUCCGGCUUUUGAAGCAAUAGCAGUUUGAGUGGCCACGACCUCCGUUUGAUGUGUUUUUGCUGCUCAGCAAAAUGUGGUGUUGUUUUCUUGCCAUACUACAGUCUUCCUCUAGUGUUUCCUCUAUUUAUCUUGAUGUUUAGUUGAUUUGGUUAUGCUUUUUUUAUUGUUGUUUAUAUUUUGUUGUUUGUCAAUAUAACUCUUAUGUCAUCUUUUAGCGCUUUGUUGUAUA